AGAAAAAUUAAUUACAUAUAAAAUUAAAGCAAAUAUAAAUGAUUGUUAGGUAUAUAUACAUUUUUAAUGGCACCUUCCUUUAGAAUCUGGCGGGAAUGCAUCGUCCAUUGAUGUUAACAUUUUUAAAUUGAUAUUUUUUGUAUUAUAAAAAAAUUGAAUUAUAUAUGUCAUAAAAUUUAUAACGAUACAAUGCCAGAUGUGACAAUUAAUAAUAUUAUUAUAAAUUUUCCUUUUAAACCAUAUUCGAUACAAGAAGAAUAUAUGGCAAAAGUGAUACAAUGUCUUCAAAAUAGUAAAAAUGGUGUUUUAGAAUCUCCAACCGGUACUGGAAAAACACUCAGUCUUUUAUGUUCUUCCUUAAGUUGGUUAUUAACAAAAAAAGCUCAAUUGCAAGCACAAUCAUUAGUGAAUACAAUUGAAGAACCCAAUUUUGGUGGACAUUUUUUCAAACAAUUAAAUAAUGAACUCAAAAAAAGUACAGGAAAUUCAGAACCUAUUAUUACUUUUAAUUGGAAUGCACCAAAAAUUAUUUAUGCAUCUAGAACUCAUUCUCAGCUUUCACAAGCAAUGCAAGAAUUAAAAAGAACUUCUUAUAAACAUGUAGGCACAGCUGUAUUAGGAUCUCGAGAUCAAUUAUGUAUUCAUCCAGAAGUUUCUAAAGAAACUAAUAGUUCAAACAAGAUAUAUAUGUGUCAUUCUAAAGUAAAGUCUAGAACAUGUUUUUAUUAUAAUAAUGUUGAAAGCAGAAAAGAUGAUCCAUUUUUUAAACAAGAAAUACUUGAUAUAGAAGAUUUAGUGAAAGCUGGACAAAAAUUCAAAUGUUGUCCAUAUUUUUUAUCCAGAGAACUCAAACAAAAUGCAGAUAUCAUUUUUAUGCCAUAUAAUUAUAUAUUAGAUACAAAAUCACGAAAAAUACAGGGUAUAGAUAUACAAAAUAAUAUCAUUCUUUUUGAUGAAGCACAUAAUAUUGAGAAAAUCUGUGAAGAAACAGCAUCAUUACAAAUAUCUAGUACAGAUAUUGCAAUGUGCAUUGAUGAAAUAACAGUUGUAAUGGAAGAUAUGGCUAAGGAUAUUGAACAACAAAAUAAUUUUUUAAUGGAAAAUUCAGAAAAUGUCCAAAAAGAUUUUACUGCAGAUGAUUUAUGCAUUUUGAAAGCUAUGUUUUUGGAAUUGGAAAAAGCUAUUGAUGCUAUAUCAAUUGUAAAACGUGAUGAAGGAGAUACAUUUCCUGGUGGAUACAUUUUUGAAUUACUAGGAAAGGCACAAUUAACUCAUGGCAGAGAACAACUUGUAAUAGAAAAAUUAGAGAAAAUUAUUUUUUAUUUAACUACUACAAGCACUUCUCCAUUUACAAGAAAAGAAGAACAGAAAAAAUCAAAACAAACUGAUAUUUGGGAGAAAAAAAAAAUACUUCCAAAAAAUGAAGGCAAAAUUAUUAAUUAUUGGUGUUUUAGUCCUGGAUUUAGUAUGCAACAACUCAAAAACCAAGGAGCACGUGCAAUAAUAUUAACAAGUGGUACAUUAUCUCCUUUGAAACCUUUCAUAUCUGAACUUGGAAUACCAAUUGAAAUUCAACUAGAAAAUUCACAUAUUGUAAAAGAAAAUCAAAUUUGUGUUGGUAUACUUAGUCGAGGUCCUGAUGGUUAUUUAUUAAAUUCUUCUUUUAAUACAAGAAAUGAUCCAAAAUACAUAGGAUCCCUUGGACAAACAAUAUUUAAUUUUAGUUGUCUUGUUCCUUAUGGUUUACUUGUAUUCUUUCCUUCAUAUCCAAUAAUGAAAAAAUGUAAAGAAGAAUGGCAAAAUACAGGUUUGUGGACUAAAAUUGCAGAUCGUAAACCUAUAUAUGUCGAACCACAAUACAAAGAUGGUUUUAUUAAUGUUAUGAAUGAGUAUUAUGAAAAAAUUAAAGAUCCUUCAUGUAAAGGAGCUAUUUUUAUGGCAGUUUGUAGAGGUAAAGUGAGUGAAGGACUUGAUUUUGCCAAUGCAAAUGGAAGAGCUGUAUUAAUUACUGGUCUUCCAUUUCCACCUUUAAAAGAUCCUAGAGUUAUAUUAAAACAACGAUAUUUGGAAGAGAUAAGAAAACAAGAUAAAGAGACUUUAUCUGGCCAACAGUGGUAUCAACUUGAAGCAUCACGAGCUGUUAAUCAAGCUAUUGGUCGUAUAAUACGUCACAAAAAUGAUUAUGGGGCUAUAAUUCUUUGUGAUCAUCGAUUUGAUAACCUAAGUUUUAAAAAACAGUUAUCUGCUUGGCUUAGACCUCAUAUAAAAAAUUUUGCUUGUUUUGGUAUUAUUGUAAAAGAGUUAAAAGGUUUUUUUAGAUAUGCAGAACAUACUUUUCCACAACCAAAUAUAAUUAAUAUACAAUCUACAAAUAGUUGUGUUUCAUUACCAGCAGUCUCAGCAUCAUUUGACACAACUGUAUCACGAAACAUAAAAGUUAAUUCUAAAGAGGAUAUUGUAAUAUCUUCUGAAGAUACUUUUACUAUUGAUACUUAUAUUAGUGAAGAUAAGAAAAAUAAGCAAUUAACUGAAACAAAAAGAAAAAAUUUGUUUGAACUUUUAGAAACAGAAUCAAAGCCUAUAAUUAAUUUUAGUGAUUGUAAAUUGAAAAGAAAUUAUAUCACUUGUGAGCUAACAAAAAAUAUUAAUGAACCAAUUAUAAAAAAAAGAAAAAUAAAAAUGUUGCCAAUAGAAUUUAAUGAACAUUUAUCAGCCCCUUCAACUUCUUCAUGUGAGAAUAGAGAAGGUACAAGUAAUAUAAUACAUUCUCAACAAAUAUUAGAAGAAACUAGUAAUAAGACUGAUAAAAAAACUUUGGGCAAAAUGUACUUAAAAGAAGUAAAACUUUCUUUAUCAGAAACAGAUUAUAAAAUAUUUGCAACAAUGAUACAAGAUUAUACAAAAACAAAUAAUUUGGAAAUAUUAUUAAAAAUACUUCAAGAUUUGUUUUCACCAAAUAAAGGAUUAUUUCAUUUAUUUAUAGGAUUCAAACAUUUUAUAAAAAAAUAUCAUAAAUCAUAA